GGGAGAGUGUCCGGACAGCCCCAGCAGCCCGCGGACGCCCCGACACGCACCAAGCCCUGCGCUCCGUCUGCACUCAGCGCGGCUCCGGUUCUCCUGCUGCGGAGGGAAAUCUGACCCGGGAACCUCCGGAACCAGCUCGGGACUUCCUACCUGUUCAGCCAUCAGCUGCCCGACCCCCCGCUGAGGACCCGCGGACACCCGGCCGCCUGUUUGUGGAGUUACCGGAGUUUUUGAGCGGGGCGAUGCGGGAGCGGGCGGAGUGAAGCCGCCCGCCCGGUGCGCACUGCCUGUUCCCCGGGUGGAGAGGCGCGCAGCUCCCCGCCGCUCCUCUUCAUCACCGCUUCUUCAUCGGUUUGGAUUUUAACCCCGCGGGUCGGCCGGAGCUGUCCGCCCAUGGAUCCGCCGCUCCGCGCCUCCUGUGCGGGUCAGUGAGCGGGACGCAGCGGGAUGUUGUGAUCUAAACCCACAGCUUUUACCGCAGGACUUUCACAUCUGGUAUACCGGGCCAGUUAGCAGCAGGAUCAGGAUGAGAAGAUGGCUGGCUAUGUGUUUCCAAUGGGACCAGAGAGCUUUAAGCGCUUCACGCCGGACUCCCUGGCGGCCAUCGAACAGCGCAUGGCCCAGGAGGAGGCCCGACGCAAAAAGCAGUACCAGGAGGACCUGGGCGAUGUGGAGCUGCCCCGGCCCCGGCCCGACCUGGAGGCGGGGAAGCAGCUGCCCCGGAUCUUUGCCGACAUCCCGUCUCACCUGGUGGGCGUCCCCCUGGAGGACAUCGACCCCUACUACUUCAGAGACAAGAGGACUUUCAUAGUGCUGAACAAAGGGAAGGCCAUCUUCCGCUUCAGCGCCACGUCGGCGCUCUACAUGUUCAGCCCGUUCCACCCCAUCCGCCGGCUCGCCAUCCGGAUCCUGGUCCAUUCUUUGUUCAGUUUGUUCAUCAUGUGCACCAUCCUGACCAACUGCUGCUUCAUGGCCAUGUCGGAGCCGGCCAACUGGGCCAAGUACCUGGAGUACACCUUCACAGGUAUUUACACCUUCGAGUCGCUCAUCAAGAUCCUGGCCAGAGGCUUCUGCGUGGGCCCCUUCACCUUCCUGAGGGACCCCUGGAACUGGCUGGACUUCAGCGUCAUCGUGAUGGCAUAUGUCACUGAGUUUGUGGACCUGGGUAAUGUGUCAGCCUUAAGGACGUUCAGGGUGCUGCGCGCGCUCAAAACCAUCUCAGUCAUCCCAGGCCUGAAGACGAUCGUCGGCGCGCUGAUCCAGUCGGUGAAGAAACUCGCUGACGUCAUGAUCCUCACCGUUUUCUGCCUGAGCGUCUUCGCCCUCAUCGGCCUGCAGCUGUUCAUGGGAAACCUGCGACAGAAAUGCGUCCGCAGCACGGAGCACUGCAUCAACGGCAGCCUGCCGGCCAACACCUCCUUCUUCUGCAAUAACAAGACCUGGGCCUCCAUCAAGGACUUCAUAGAAGACGAAGAUAAUUUCUACAAAGUGGAAGGAGCCAAGGAUGCCUUAAUCUGUGGAAACAGCAGCGACGCAGGGAAGUGUCCCGAUGGGUUCGACUGCCUGAAGACGGGCAGAAACCCAAACUACGGCUACACCAGCUUCGACACGUUCGGCUGGGCCUUCCUGUCGCUGUUCCGGCUGAUGACCCAGGAUUACUGGGAGAACCUCUACCACCACACGCUGCGGUCGGCCGGGAAGACCUACAUGGUGUUCUUCGUGGUGGUCAUCUUCCUGGGCUCCUUCUACCUGAUCAACCUGAUCCUGGCCGUGGUCGCCAUGGCGUACGAGGAGCAGAACCAGGCCACCAUCGCCGAGGCGUGUCAGAAGGAGCGCGAGUUCCAGCAGGCCAUGGAGAGACUGAAGAAAGAGCAGCAGAUGGCGGCGCAGAAACCGCCGGACUCCGACUCCCUGACCUCACCAGACCUCUCACCUCUUGGCCCGCCAUUGGACAGCUCCGAGGAGCGGAGGCGGAGCCAGGCGCUGAUGGGUGUGGCCGACGGGGAGGGGAACCUGUCGGAGGAGAAGCUGCUGCAGGUGGACUUGAUGGACGGGGGAAAGGCCCUCCAUCCUCUCCUCGCUCGCUCCUUCUCCACGCGGACGCGACGAAGCAGUCAGGUGUCGUCCAUCUUUAACUUCCGGCUGAGGAGCCGAGGGUCGGAAGGUGAGAUGGCGGACGAUGAGUUCAGCGUUCCCGGCGACGUGGUGGACGGCGUCGGCGGCAGGACGUACAGCGGCGGGACGUUCAGCGGCAUCCUGACCAACCCCUGGCCCAAACGCAGACUCAGCACCUACAGCACGGCCAGCAGGAACUCCCAGGUGUUUUAUCCCACCCUGAACGUCAACGGGAAGCUGUUCGUCUCCAUGGACCAGAACGGGGUCUCCCCGCCGCCGCUGCAGGGGCAGCUGCCUCCCUGCACCAUGGAGAAGGUCAAGGAGGAGAGCGUCCCGACGUCCACCACGGAGCUCAGCACCAUGCUGCUGCCUCGACCUUCGUCCACGCAGGGGUCAGAGCGGAGGGGGAGGGCUAUGAGUGCCGCCAGCUACCUGACCGACGUUAUGGAGGAACUGGAGGAGUCCCAUAAGAAGUGCCACCCCUGCUGGUACGUGUUCGCCCACCGAUACCUGGUGUGGGAGUGCUCCCCCUCCUGGCUGCGGCUGAAACAGCUGGUGAAGAUCAUGGUGAUGGAUCCCUUCCUGGACCUGGCCAUCACCGUCUGCAUCGUCCUCAACACGCUCUUCAUGGCCAUGGAGCAUUACCCAAUGACGGACGAGUUCAACGGCAUGCUGAGCAUCGGAAACCUGGUUUUCUCGGGGAUCUUCACAGCGGAGAUGGUUCUGAAGAUCAUCGCCUUGGACCCGUACUACUACUUCCAGACGGGCUGGAACAUCUUCGACAGCAUCAUCGUGUGCCUCAGCCUCAUGGAGCUCGGAUUGUCUGAUGUGGAGGGGCUCAGCGUCCUGCGCUCCUUCCGGCUGCUGCGUGUUUUUAAGCUGGCCCGCUCCUGGCCGACCCUCAACACGCUCAUCAAGAUCAUCGGGAACUCCAUGGGCGCCCUGGGCAACCUGACGCUGGUCCUCGCCAUUAUCGUCUUCAUCUUCGCCGUGGUGGGGAUGCAGCUGUUCGGGAAGAACUACCAGGAGUGUGUGUGUAAGAUCUCCAAGGACUGCGUCCUCCCCCGCUGGCACAUGAAGGACUUCUUCCACUCCUUCCUCAUCGUGUUCCGGGUUCUGUGCGGCGAGUGGAUCGAGACCAUGUGGGACUGCAUGGAGGUGGCGGGGCAGCCGCUCUGCAUCCUCGUCUUCAUGCUGGUCAUGGUUAUCGGAAACCUGGUGCUGCUGAACCUCUUCCUGGCUCUGCUCCUCAGCAGCUUCAGCUCCGACAACCUCUCCGCCCCAGAUGAAGACGGGGAGAUGAACAACCUCCAGAUCGCCAUCCACCGGAUCACUCUGGGCCUGGCCUGGUGCCGCCGACAGGUGGUGGACUUCUUCAACGGGAACCUGAAGCGGCGGCGGCAGAAACGAAAAGAGGCCAAAGCCAUGAUGAAGCUGAAACGGCUGAGCACCGUUCACACUGAGGCCAACGGCGCCGUCAUCGGCCGCCAUGUGGAGAAGUACGUGGUUCCGGAGGACGACAGCUACAUGACCAACCCCAACCUGACCAUCAGCGUUCCCAUCGCCCCCGGAGAAUCCGACGUGGAGUUUCCGGAGGAAGAGGAGGAGGAGGAAGAGGAGGAAGGUCAGGAGGAGCAGAGCGAGGGGUCCGAGGGAGACGAGGAGAGAGAGGAGGAGCAGAAAGAAGAAAUCAGCCUAUCAGAGGGCAGCACAGUGGACCUGAGGAAGCCUGGCGAGGAAGAGGACGAGUACUCAGAGCUGGCCGAAGAGGCCAUGGACCCGGACAACUGCUUCCCUGACGUGUGCGUGUCCCGGUUCCAGUGCUGCGACAUCGACACCACGGCGGGUCUGGGCCAGAUGUGGUGGAGAACGAGGAAGACCUGCUACCAGAUCGUAGAGCACAGCUGGUUCGAGUCCUUCAUCAUCUUCAUGAUCCUUCUCAGCUCGGGAGCUCUGGCCUUCGAGGACAUCUACAUCGAGCAGAGAAGGGUCGUCAAGGUGGUGCUCGAAUAUGCUGACAAGAUCUUCACCUACAUCUUCAUCUUAGAGAUGAUGCUCAAAUGGCUCGCCUACGGCUUCAAGAAGUACUUCACCAACUACUGGUGCUGGUUGGACUUCCUCAUCGUCGAUAUCUCAGUGCUGGGCCUCCUGGCCCAGUUCAUCCCGGUGAACCAGGUCACCACCCUGCGGGUUCUCAGGACGUUCAGGGCUCUCCGUCCUCUCCGGGCCGCGUCCCGCUUCGCCGGUAUCAGGGUUUCGUUGGUCAGUCUGGUGGCCAACACCUUGGGUUACUCCGACCUGGCAGCCAUCAAGUCCCUGCGGACGCUGCGGGCCCUGCGGCCCCUCAGGGCCCUGUCCAGAUUUGAAGGCAUGAGGGUGGUGGUGAACGCCCUGAUCGGCGCCAUCCCCUCCAUCAUGAACGUGCUGCUGGUCUGCCUGAUCUUCUGGCUCAUCUUCAGCAUCAUGGGCGUCAACCUUUUCGCCGGGAAGUUCGGCCGCUGCGUCAACCGGACCGGCUUCGUGUACGACGCCUCGCUCAUCAACAACCGGUCCGAAUGCGACGCCGCCAACGACACCUCGCAGCACUACUGGACCAAGGUCAAGGUCAACUUCGACAACGUCGGCGCCGGAUACCUGGCUCUGCUGCAAGUGGCAACCUUUAAGGGCUGGAUGGACAUCAUGUACGCCGCCGUGGACUCCAGAGCCGUGGAGGAGCAGCCAAUCAAAGAGAUCAAUCUCUACAUGUACCUGUACUUCGUCAUCUUCAUCAUCUUCGGCUCCUUCUUCACCCUCAACCUCUUCAUCGGAGUCAUCAUCGACAACUUCAACCAGCAGAAACGAAAGUUAGGAGGGCAGGAUAUCUUUAUGACGGAGGAGCAGAAGAAAUAUUACAACGCCAUGAAGAAACUGGGAUCCAAGAAGCCGCAGAAGCCCAUCCCCCGACCCCUGAACGACCUGCAGGGCUUCUUCUUCGACCUGGUGGGGAAGCAGGCCUUCGACAUCAUCAUCAUGGUUCUGAUCCUCCUCAACAUGAUCACCAUGAUGGUGGAGACGGACGAGCAGUCGCCGCAGAUGGAGAAGAUCCUCUACUACAUCAACCUGGCCUUCAUCGUCGUCUUCACCAUCGAGUGCAGCAUCAAGAUCAUGGCGCUGCGCUGCUACUUCUUCACCGUCGGCUGGAACAUCUUCGACUUCGUGGUCGUCAUCCUCUCCAUCGUCGGAAUCGUUCUGGCUGAUAUCAUCGAGAAGUACUUUGUGUCGCCGACUCUCUUCAGAGUAAUCCGACUGGCCCGGAUCGGGCGAGUCCUGCGCCUCAUCAGAGGAGCCAAGGGCAUUCGGACGUUACUGUUCGCCCUCAUGAUGUCACUUCCUGCCCUCUUCAACAUCGGGCUGCUCCUCUUCCUCGUCAUGUUCAUCUACGCCAUCUUCGGCAUGGCUAACUUCGCCUACGUGAAGCGGCAGGGGGGCAUCGACGACAUGUUUAACUUUGAGACGUUUGGGAACAGCAUGCUGUGUUUGUUCCAGAUCACCACGUCUGCAGGGUGGGACAACCUGCUCAACCCCAUCCUCAACAACUCCCCCGAGGAGUGCGACCCCCACCUGCCCCACACCGGCACCACCGUCAAGGGGAACUGCGGGAACCCGUCGGUGGGCAUCACCUUCUUCGUCACCUACAUCAUCAUCUCCUUCCUCAUCGUGGUCAACAUGUACAUCGCCAUCAUCCUGGAGAACUUCAGCGUGGCCACGGAGGAAAGCACCGAGCCGCUGAGCGAGGACGACUUCGAGAUGUUCUACGAGGUUUGGGAGAAGUUCGACCCAGAAGCCACGCAGUUCAUGGAGUACUCCAAACUGUCGGACUUUGCAGAUUCUCUUCUGGAGCCUCUCCGCAUCAGCAAGCCCAACAAGAUCAAGCUGAUCUCCAUGGACCUGCCCAUGGUCAGCGGAGACAAGAUCCACUGCCUGGACAUCCUGUUCGCCUUCACCAAGCGCGUCCUGGGCGAGUCGGGCGAGAUGGACGCCCUCAAGCAGCAGAUGGAGGAGAAGUUCAUGAUCUCCAACCCUUCCAAGAUUUCCUACGAGCCGAUCACCACGACUCUGCGGCGCAAGCAGGAAGAAGUGUCGGCCACCAUCAUCCAGAGGUGCUAUCGCCGCCACCUGGUGAGGCGCCAGAUGAAGGCCGCCUCCUACAUGUACCGCCAGUUCACCACGCCCCGACACGACCACAGCGAGGGCGAGGAGGGAGGCGAGGUGAUGUUUGGGGAGGACGCGCCUGAGAAGGAAGGGCUGAUAGCCACCAUGAUGAAGGAGAACUACGGGUCCAGUCUGUUGGGGGUGGAGCGCUCCUCCACCAUCUCCUCCACCUCAUCGCCGCCGUCCUACAACAGCGUGACGCGAGCCACGCCCGAAAACCUUCAUCUGCUCGCUGCCAAGACAGAAACGGCCGAUGAAGGCAGCGCAGUGAGAGAACAGUCUCAGUCUGAAGGCGACAGAACGACGGAAACAGAACCUUAGCAGGAACCCAAAGAGAACAAGUUCUGAUUUUUACUGAAUGUACCGAAGCUGAGGACCGUCGGAUCAGCUGAGAACAAGAGCUGGAUGAUGAAGAGAGGAAGAUUUACUACCUUUAAUCUAGUUCCCCGGUGGAGACUCAAAGAAAAACCAUUUUCUGAAAGCGGAUUCUGAAGAACCGCCAACAGACGGAGGCCUGAUCUGUCAACCUGGAGCAAAACACCAGAAUAAGGAGCCUGGUUCUGUUGGUUCUGUUGUGUCGGACUCUGACCCGGUCAGAGCGGUUAUAUCACCCGUCAUUUAUCGUCCGGAGUCGGGAGGCUCCGCCUCCUUACCGGUUACCGGCCGUAGGAUCGGCGGAUCCCGUCUCGUUUCUCCACAGCUGAACGGUUUUCUGAGAGAAGACGGCGAUUUCAAAAAGACCUUUUCGUAGUAAAAGUAUAACGUUGUUGAUGUUCCAAGUCUUUUAAUAUCGGUACAAUUAUUACUAUUUUUUAUAUUUUUAGAGUAAGUUAAAAAUAAGCCUUGGGAGUUGCGCUCGCUGUAAUGAACCGUCUGGAAAUCGAGAGAUGAAAACCUCAAAACCCGAAAAAAACAAAAAAUGAUCUUUUUAUUUUCUUUUUGGGCGUUUUUUGCACUUUUGAGUUUACAUUUAGCUGUCACUUUACUGCGCCUUCGGUAAAAGGAUGGGUGGCAUUUCUUCUGCUCUGACACCAAAAACUAAACGAAUGCACAAAGAAACCCCGAACUCCCGAUUUGCCUCGGUGAUAAUCGUCCUCAUGAGCCCCGACCCGCCGAGCCCUGGGGGGUCUGCCACAAAGUUCAUGGAAGAUCUUACGGAUCUGCAAGAGGAGACGACUGGCAGCGGCUCGAUUGUUGCCGAGGUAACAGAGGAUCGAAGCGUCUGACGGGUUAAAUCUGAUGAAAUGAUCUGAACAUUCAGACUGCAGCGGGUUUUAGGAUCCAGCUUUCUGGUAGAUCUCCCGUCGUCAUUAACUUUCUGUCCGGUCUGAGUUCGGCGCGGCGACGUUUCGUGGUUCUGCUCCGACCCGGAUCAGAGCUCAGGAUUUUACUGCAUUCAGUUUGAGACGAAGCUGGAUGUUGAUCUCAUUGUUCGCGCCGCCAGCAGCGUCCAGGAGAAACCUCGGCUGACCGGAGUCAGAGAAACUCUGGGCUUGUUUCUUUAUUAGCUUGGUCAUAAAUUUAAGUUUUCUAUAAGAAGCUGCAGGUUUGAUAUGUAAAUUAUUCAGAAACAGAAACUCUGUCUCUGCACAAGCAUCUGCAGCUGGAGCCACUGAUUGUUGAAAGGCUCAAGUCGUCGUCAUGACGUUUUGUUCAGGCUGUUUUUGACCUUCAGUUGACCUUCCUUUAAGGAUAAUUCCUCAGUUUGUGGGUUGGGCUGUAAAAUCCUCUCUGCUGAUGCCAAGCAGCUUUGGCUGAAGGUUGAAUUCCUGUUGUAGAAACAUGUUAAGGUUCCAAGACCCUCAAACGUCACUGAACUCUUCACUGCAAAAACACGAAAUCUCAGCAAACAUGUUGGUCCAAGUUGUAGUAAAAACCUCAAAGUGCUCUUGAAAUAAGAUAAAACUAAGAAAAGUACAUUUUCAUCCAGAUAAAUCAGCUUGUUUCCAGUAAAUAAUUGACUAAAGUAAUAAAUGACUUAAAACAGGCGCCUAUAUUUAGCUGAAAUAUUAUUUUUAAAUUAGUUUUGCUUUAUUUCAAGAGUGCAAAGAUAUUUGAACAACAAACUGGACAAAAAAAACUGUAAUAUUUUUGUUUUUGGAGUUUUGUGGGAUCAGUUUGGGUUUGCUGGUCAUGAAGGAAGAAUCAACACAACGCUGAAGAGCAGGACAGCGUCCCACAGCAGCGUGUGACCCCACCAGUGACCUCCAGCACCAAACCAGAGGUAAUUCCAGAUGGACUGCUCUGGUUUUGGCACAGAGGAUUUGGUUGGUUUUCUGGGCCAGAACCCAAAAACUUGACUCUGCUGCUCAACCCAAACAUCCGUUUCCUCCGAUAUGAAUCCAUCUAAAGAUUUUAUCUCCAGAAAGCAAACGAUCAAAAAACACAAAAUUCUGAACCUGAGAAAACAUUCGAUCAAACCUCCUCAGGGAAACAGAGCUGCUGUUUUGGUCUAGUUUGGUCCGUUUUGGUCCAGUUUGGUUUGGUUUGGUCCAGUUUGGUCCAGUUUGGUCGGUUCCUCUUCUCAGAGACGCCUGAAUGAAGCCGGUCUGUGAAGCGGAUGCUUGUGCUGAGGCGGGUUGGUUGUUUCUCCUGGUUCUUCUCGGGUCCAGAACCUGAGCAGAACCAGAACCGGGCUGCAGGUUUUUCUUGGAUACUGGAAUCGUUUCUGCUCAGAGGUUUGAAUGGUUUCAUUUCACCAGUUUGGAAACAAUCUGAUUGUUUUCUAGAGAUGAAAAUCUAAAUGUUUCUUUGCUAAUUAAUUAAUUUAUUUUGUGGUUCCGGGUGGGAGGGGAGGAGAGUCGAUGCUGAGCGACGCGGCUCUUUAUCUAUUUGCACAAAGAAACUCAAACUGAGACGAACUGCUACAGCAAUAACUGUUUGCUGAAACCUUGCAGGAGGUUUUGUAGGUCCGGUUUGACCCGGUUCGCCUUCCGGCCGGACAGGAGCCACUUCGACACUUUGAGCGCCGCCCUGAGGAACUCCUGCGGCGGUGCAGCACUGAUACGGUGUUACUAUGGACUCCAGCCAAUCCAACAUGGCCGACAGGAAGUGGAGAUGUUUCCUGAAGCUGUUUAGCGUCCGCUCCGUCCGUCUCACCUGAGGAUCUUUACUAAACGGCGCUUUAAUAAACACAUUUUAAAUGGGACACAAAAUGAACAGAGAGGUUUUACUGGCACCGUCUGGACUCUAUUUCUACUCGAUCCGUGGAGGACAGAUGACCAUGUAAAUGAGGUAAAACACUGCUGGACUCUGAGGCGUUUUCAGGUUGCAGUUGUGCUGAAGGGCUGUUUUCAGUAGCAAUAGACCCAGAGUGUGCCUGGAUACAUGAAGCCAACACGCCAAGCCAUGCCGCCCCAUCCACUGACUGACUGAUCCACUGAGUGGCUGCAACAUUUGGCCUGUUGGGUAACGAGUUAACGCUCACGGUUUUUAACCAUUAACUUCUCACAGCCCCCCGCCACCCUCCCUCCAAACAGCUGAAAUCAGGCAGCUGAUUGGUUCAUUAGCUGCUGAUAGUUUUACCUUCAGAAAGGUUCAGAUUCACUGAAAUCAACAUUUUAUCACUAUGAGAAGUCCUCAGAAACCCAGAGACACCAGGAUCAGGUGUGUAAAGGAUUUGCUGCUCGGUGGUGAAGCGGUUCAUGGAGCAGGAGUUCAGAUCGUCAUGGAGGGCAGAUGAGCAUCAGUCCAGAAACCUGAUUAUCAGGUUAGUUAGUUUCUAUAAUCUGUGUGCAGAUCCGUCUGUCCUGUGAUGGACAGGAGACGUGUCCAGGUCUGGACAGCACUCUGCAGCGUCAGAUGGAUGUGAAAUAAUAACAUUUAUAAAAAUAAGCCUCAUUAUCAGUCAGUCAGUUUGUCUGUUUUACCUGAACAAGCAUGUGGCGACAGUGGAGAGGAACUCCACUGCCAGGUCCAGAUCCAGGUGAGUAUGAGUCCGUCUGCCAGGUUUUAGGUCCACAUGCUUCAUCUGGAGGUUUGAAAUCGGUUCUCAUUGAGCACCGAUGAGAACCAGGAGGUUUGUUUCCAUGUUUUAUGCAGAAAUGUUGAUAUUUCUCCUCAGAUAUUCAGUUGAACACAUUUUUAUCAGACCUGGUGAGGAAUUAUGUAGUUUUUUAUGAUUCUUCACCAAAUUCCUGCUGUAAUAACAGGACUGAAGGGUCAGUAACUCUGGAUGUGUUUCUGCCCCGUCAGAUGAAAACAAACAAUCUGGAAACUGUUUGGCUUCAAACGACGUUUGGGAACCGAGUGAGAAACAGAAACAAUCACAGAAAUCAUUUAUUUAAGAAAACAAACAAAUCAAAGCUAAUUUAAAAUCUGCCAAUGGGAUCAAACAGAAAUAUCAUGAAAGAAAAACUGAGAACAGAGUCUGCACUACAAAAACACAAAGUUACCAAAUAUUUAGUAGACUUGAAAUAAUAAAAAACUGACUUACACAUAACUUUAACAUUAAUAAAAUAAAAUAAAAAGGUUCACCAGUUCAACCAGAGAAACAUUUUCUGCCAGUUGAACUAGAACUAAAACCAUCAACAUGAAGGAAUUAUUGACUUAAACUGGUAAUUAUGGCUGAACAGUUAAUUAUGAAUCAGUUUUAUCUUAUUUCAUGUGUGUUCAGAUUCUGCACCAGAAACUAGAUCAGUCAAACUGUAAGAUUUAGUUUUUGCAGUGUAAACUAGAGAUACUUUCUAUUUCUAGAGAAAGUUCAGAGUUCAGCUGAACGGUGAAGUGAGGGGAACUUUCUCCAUGGAAACCAAACCAAACGUUAAAACGUCAUAAAACCGGGAGCUGUUCUGCCUCAGUUCAGCUUCUAGCUGUUUUAUGUCUAUGUGAACAGGUCAGUCUACAGCUGAACUCUGUCCAGUUUCAGAUUUUUCCAGAAGAUUCCUCUCUGUCGUUGUGCCUUAUCUGACUCACCGGGCAGCAAAAGGCACAACCUGAUGCUGCUUUCAGUGAAUCUGGACCUCGGAUUCAGGGUUCAGGUUCAAUCUGAGCACAAACCCGACCAGCCAGCUGUGUGCUGUAGGUGGCGCUGUUGAGCCCAUGUUUGGGUCAGAGGGGCUCUGGGAAUCUGCUCCUUCCUUCCCUGUUUGAAACCAAAAGCUGCUUCUUCACCACUGAUAUCCAAACACGGAGAAAAUGCACAGAAACGUGAUUCUUCUUCAUUCUUACUGUCGUUCUAUUUAUUGUGUAAUAGAUGCAAUACAAGCGUUGUGUCACCGUGGGGAGUGAUGCUGUGUGUUCUUCACGGACGAGGACAAUAAUCCAAUAAUAACGAUGAUGUUUUGAAGUUUUUGUGGAUUUUUCCAGGCAUCUUCUCACUGCUUCAACCACGUCGCUCCGUUUACACCGCAGCUGGUUUCAGGUGGCUGUCGACCCGUUUUACUCCGUUUCCACAUCCAGAAUCCUGAUAUCUGUAGAGCUGCCUGGACAGCAGCUCUGACGCCUGAAGCUCGUUCAUUCAGGACCAAACUUACAGGACAUAUUCCCAGCAUCGUAGAUUAUUUAGAGCUAAAAGGAGCUGCUAAACCCGGCAGAAAUAUCUCAAAUAAAUCAGAAUACAGGAGACGAGGUUUCCUGAAGAUAAAGUACAGAAAAAUCUCCAACUGGGAGGAAAAACUUUAUAAGUUGAGGAAAAAAAUUUAAACUUAUUUUUUGGUCCUGAGUUAAAAACGAGUCUGAAGUUUUUCUUCUGCAGACAGCCGGUGAACCCUGGGUGUAAAGAGGCGACAGCCGUGCCUCAGUGACCUCUGACCCCACCCUGCUGUUUUAGACACAGUUACACUAUUAUAACAUGAAGAUCUAUAUAUAAUUAUAUACAUAUACUUUUUAGUACUUUGAGUUGAAAUACUUUUUAGUAUUUUGCAAAUAAAUGUCUCUGUAUAUAAAAGAAAAAGCCUCCUGUAAUAAAUGAACAGAAGUUUAAUACUGAA